AUGACUGGGGAUUGUUAUAUGAACGGAAAAAGAGCGAAAACAAAAGAGCUUUUACAAAUAUUGGGAUACAUUUAUGGAGAAAAGGAACUCUGCGAGGACAAACCGUGUCAAAAUGGCGGCGAUUGUAGUAUCAAGGAAGACAGACAAGACUACCAAUGCAAUUGUAAAGCUGGAUUUACAGGAAACAAUUGUCAAAAUGAUAUCGAUGAGUGUGCAUUGGGUUUGCAUGGUUGYCAUAGAGAUGCUCACUGUACCAAUACCGUUGGCUCAUAUUAUUGCCAAUGUAAACCAGGCUAYCAAGGAGACGGACGUUCGUGUUCAGAUAUAAAUGAGUGCUCAUCUGGUGUGCACGUUUGUCAUUUCAAUGCAAGCUGUACAAAUACAUUGGGAUCAUACACAUGUCAGUGUAAUCCGGGGUACUCUGGUGAUGGACGGUCAUGCGCAGACGUUGAUGAAUGUAGUUCAGUAUUUCAUCGUUGCCAUGCCAAUGCGCAGUGUACUAACACCGCAGGCUCAUAUACUUGCAAGUGUAAGUCAGGCUAYACUGGCGAUGGGUUUACAUGUACGUGUCAAAACAGUGUACCAGUUGGUAUGGAAACUAGAACAAUUCCUGACUCCAGCAUCACUGCMUCUUCUCAAUGGGACUCUAACCGCUAUCCAGGCAAUGGACGACUCAACAGUGGAUAUUGCUGGGGUGCUAAAUCCAAAACAGCUGGCCAGUGGAUUCAAGUGGAUCUCGGUAAAACCAUGAAAAUAACUGGCAUUGCAACACAAGGUGAAAGUGGRCAACAGCAUGUAAAAACCUACAAAAUACAAUACAGUACUUCCAGCAUAUCUGGGUCUUCCAGUUAUGUUGACAAUGGCAAGAUAUUCACAGGGAAUACAGAUGGAAAUAACAUUGUCAAGCGUACGUUUAYGUCUCCUGUUCAUGCAAGGUUUGUCCGUGUUUUGCCACAAAGCUGGAAUGGAUGGAUUGUGCUCAGACUUGAGUUCUACUAUUCUYUUUGUUAAGAGAAAAUUGAAUUUGAAAACAAUAUAACCUUACCAAGAUGGCAUUUAUCAUAUACUGACUGCAACUA